GCCGGUUCUCUGUUCCACAUCACCCGUGCGAACUUCACAGUAUUGUCUUCUUUUUCUGUCAAGAUGCUUGGAAAAGUACUUGCGUCCUCGCUUCUCGUCUCUUCUGCUCUGGCCUACCCAGCCGAUACCACCCACCCCAACACGACUUUGGAAUGGGCACCAUGCGACCUUGAUUUUCCUGCGUCGUCCAAGGAGGCCAUAGCCAAGCAUGCGGUGCCUCUUUUCUGCGCAACUCUAUCUGUGCCUCUGGACUACACUGAGCCAGAGAACGGCAAGACUAUCGACCUGCAGUUGAUUAAGAUUAAGGCAACCAAGGAGCCAUUCAAGGGCAGCAUCCUUACAAACCCAGGAGGUCCCGGCGGAAGUGGCGUAGAAUUUGUCGCGAUCGCGGGCCCAGAAUAUACUGCUCACCUGGGAGGAUUCCACGAUGUUAUCGGAUUUGACCCUCGCGGCACCGGGAGGACCAUUCCCUUCGAUUGCACCCCGUCCAACACGACGGCGUCCAAGGUCAAGCGUGGACAGUACAACUUCACAAUCCCGCAGAAUGACGCUUACGGCGAGCUUCAGAGGAAGCUCUGGGAUGAGGGCGGUGUCUUUGCUGAAGAUUGUGCCAAUACGCCUGGUAAUGCUGAUAUUGGCCCUUACAUCGGGACAGCGUUCGUAGCACGCGACAUGCUGUCGAUCAUUGACGCGCUCGGUGAAGAGAAGCUUCAAUACUGGGGCAUCUCCUACGGCACAUUCCUUGGUCAGACGUUUGCUGGCAUGUUCCCAGACCGCGUUGGACGUGUUCUGCUUGACAGUUCCUUCGAUUUCGAAGACUACCACAACGGUCAAUGGAUCCCAGCGCUGCGUGAUACAGAGCGUGCCAUGGUAAACGGCUUCACGGAAUGUGUCAAUGCCGGCCCCACGCUGUGCCCUCUUGCAAAUCUUACUGGCCCAGAUACAACUGCGGACGACAUACAUAAGGAACUUGCGAAAGUCUUUCAAGAGCUCAUUGAUGAGCCUGUCUACUUUCCUGACGACUGGUCUCCUAAACAGUGGCUUCAGCCUGGCGGGAUUCCCAUUUUCACAGUGCUGAAAUCGAUGCUUCUAACGCUGUCGUAUUCGGCCGUAGAUCUCGGCUCGCUGUACCUGGCCGUGGAAAUUGCGCUGCAGCGAGACUGGGAACGUGCAAUCAGUGUGGCAUCAGCGUUUCUCAAUUCCACCUCGCCUGAGAUCCCAUGGAACCUCGGCUCCAACGCGUUCCACGGCAUCGCGUGUGCAGACGGAGCGUUCCAAGCCGAAACGCCAGAAGAUAUGUAUUCUUGGAUUCAAGCACAGACUGCUGUCAGCACUUUUGGCGAUACAUUUGGUACGCAGAUGUGGCCUUGUGCCCAGUGGAAGUUCGAAGCAAAGGAGCGCUAUACCGGCCCAUGGAACGCGAUCAACACCAGCUACCCGAUCUUGUUUAUCAGUGGUUCCCAUGAUCCCAUCACGCCGUUGAGCAGCGGCUAUGAGGCCUCAGCAAACUUCCCUGGUAGUCGGAUGUUGGUGCAUAACGGCCAUGGACACGCCGUCAUGAAUCAUCCUUCGGCGUGCACAAUCAAGGCGAUUGCUGACUACUUCAACGAGGGCACGCUGCCGGGUGUUGGCACGGUGUGUCAGCCCGACAAGACGGCUUUCGAGGUUUACGUGGAUUUCGUUGCCGAGUUGCAGGCCGAGGUGAACAGCACGCUCACAAAGCGGGCUUACCAAAAUAUUCGCACACCCGUUUUCGCGUAAGCUGAAGUCCGAGCCAUGUAGAUAUAGUUGAGGCUUGUUUUCAUUGUAUUCAAUAGGCCUUG